AUGCAGAUGUGGAUGCGGGACUCGGAGGAACCGACGUCGUCAGAUACCUACGACUGCACUGCCGCCGUGACCAGCUGGGAGGCCGGCUGGUGGUGCUGCCAGCAUCGGCAAGUGGGCUGCGGAAGCACAACAAGCACUACCACCCGAACAAGUGUCACCACCACUACGAAAACUAUCACGAAGACAACGACUUUGACAACGACCGCAACGACAACGACGACAUCAUCCACUAGUUCCAGUACCACGAGUGCCACGUCAGCGACCACUUUCACAUCGGCGACUGGGACGUCCAUGACAGCUACG